AGAGAUUUCAUUCAAACACAUAAAUAAAUGCUGUAGCAGUGUGUGUAUGUGGUAGGUGUGAUAUGAAAAGGCCUUCUCUUCGGGACGCAUACAAGCAUAUUGAUGUUCCACUGGCCGUCUCCUGCUCCCAAGUGCUGACAAGUGUGGCGUAUUGAAAGACAAGGCACGCGUUUUCAAUUGUUGCGAGGGGUUGGUGCAGUUGCAUUUUGCUGGUAUGCAAUACAUACGAGCGCAAUAGAUGAAGUGCUUCAGUGCCUUAUCACAUCAUCACACGGCCAGACAAACAACAAACAACGAACCCCACACACAUGCACAAGCAGGCAAUAUUGGAAUUGCCGGUUCUUUGAGUCGCCUGCUUUGCUCCAAUUGAUAAUUUCCGUUGUUUAAUUUAAACAAAAAAAAAAAAACAUAAAACCAUGCUUGAUAGUGCAUGAGAGAAAGAGAGAGAGCGAGACAGAUUCCAAAGCCCUGCUUUAACGCUUUGUCGCGCUUGGUGGUUGGUGCUAGCUGUAGCGAACGGCAGAGGCGAUGGACAAGAGAAUAAAACUCUACACUCAGCCCAAUGCCAACUGCUGCGGCUCUCUGUUUCUGUCUAGUAACUAGAAGUUAAGAGAACGAACCGACGUGUUCCUGCACUCAGAGUCAGCGUCAGCGUCAAAGGUAGAGCAAGAAAGAGAGAGAGAGAGAGACCGAGCCGCAUUCGCAUUCUCAGUCAGUCUCAUUUUCAGUCAGUUGUCGUUCGCAGCGGUUCGUUGUCUUUUGGAAUUUGUGCGCUAGCUGCAUUUAAAUGCAAACAAAAAUUGUUUAGCAAAUAAGAAAUUGUAUAUCGUGUAUAUUCGGUGGAUAAUGUGAAGUGAUCGGAUACGCUCAGCCCUAUCUUAAGUUGUAUUUCUAUAUCGAAACGUUCAUGGUGUGGUUGUAUAUGAAUUAAACUCUACAAAAGAAAAAAGUGUCUCUUGUCUGGUUGCUUUAGUUUUUGGUUUGCAAGUCAUGAUCUUGGCUCGAAACCGGCAUCAGCCAAUGCUUUGAUGACGCAUUCGAUUACGGGUGCGAGUGCGAGUACGAGUACGUGUAUCUGUAUUUGUAGGUGAAUCUGUAUCUGUAGGUGUAUCCGCAACUGUAUACUGUGUACCCGUAGCAGUGUAUUUGUGCGAGAUGCUUGUAUAUACGCUUGGCGCGCAAAUUUUGCGAUACCUGGCCAAAGGCAGCUGCCUUUUGCUUGCCCUGCUGGCCACACUACGGACUGUUACCGCUCAUGUGGCCAACAACAGCUCAAUACAGGCAGUUGUGCCGGCUGCCAACGAUCCCAAUCUGGUGCUGGUGAACAAAUGCUGUGAAAAGUUCGAGAUACACGUGAACAAUACGUGCCAGCAGGUCAACCAAACUGACUAUUUUCAGCCCAUGUUUACCAGCUACAGCGGCGAUCAAAACAGACCAGUGGCGAAUUUUAAGUUCGUAAUUGGUGUGCCCAACUGUGGCACCAAACAGAUGUGGCCUGUUUUGGACUAUGCAGGCAGCUACGACAAGCUGGUUCUGUUGGACGAUGGCAAAUUGAGGCACUAUACCAACACCGAGGAUGAGGCCGAUGAGCAGAGCGGCGUGAAAGCUGACUACGAUGAGGAUUUGGCAGAGGCGCAGAAACCGCGCUUUUAUGACUAUGAGCAAGGUCAAUACUGCCUGGACAGGGCAAUUUCCCCAGAGCACAAGCAUAGCCUGUUUGCGCACAUUUGCUUGGCCCGAAAGGAAAACAAUUGGAAUGAUUCGAACUUUUUGUUGCGCAAAAUACUUAAUCCCAUAUUCCAUGGCAUAUCUCUGGUACUAUUACUUAUCAUAGCCAUCGUCUAUUUUAUACUACCUACGCUAAGCAGAGAUCUUGUCGGAAAUAUAGUUACGACAAUUGCAAUGUGCUUGAUGGUCAGCCAGGCAGCAGAUCUGGUCUGCAUAUUCACGGAUUUUACCAAUCACGUGAGCUUUAUUGUGGCGGACAUCAUUUUGUGCUUCAGCCUGUUGGCCGCAUUCUUUUGGUUGAAUAGCUUCGGCUAUUACAUAUGGAAAACGUUUCGAUCUAGGAAUGUGUUUCUGCGCGUCACCGAUGGACGUAAAUAUUGUUACUACUCGUUCUAUGCAUGGGGCUGCACAGCUACAAUGGCUGUGCUGGCGGUAUUCGCGCACUUUUUCCUCGACGCCGACUCGUACAAGAAGGAGAAUAUGCGUGGCGAGCAGCAAACGAUUGGCUGGCUGGGCAUAUGCAUAUUCUUUGCACCGAUUGCGUGCACCAUCAUAGUAAACAUAUUCUUCUAUGUGACCACACGGAAGCUGAUCAACCGUCGCACCGUCUACGGACGCAUUGCUCACAAGCUGAAAGCCAACUUCAUCAUGUUCUCGCUGAUGUUGCUGGUGAUGUCAUUUGCCUGGCUGUUUCUUACCAUGUCUUGGUUGGCUCUAGACGGCCUACUCUAUGCCCACAUAAUAGUGAAUGCAUUCCAGGCUCCACUGCUGUUGUACAUAUGCGUGCUACGGCAGCGCCAUGUGACUUAUCUACUAAGGAAGUCCUGCUGCUACAAUGAGCCACCAUCGACAAAUGAUUGGGGCGACGAGAUGCACCACAUGAAUGGUAAUGAUUAUUGAGGCAGCCCACCCAAGCUCUAAGGAAGGUAACCCGAAGUUAUAUCAGAGCACGGGCCUUAGUCUGUCAACUAAUUUUAAGAUCUACUCGUAACUAGGCUAAGUGUUUUUGUAGAUUAACAAUGUUAAACAUUGAGAUUUGUACUUAAAACUAAUUUAUAGAAGAACAAAUUAAAGAAAGUCUGACACAUA